AUACACAGAGACUUAUUAAAAGUAAAGGAAGAGCCACUCUAGCGUUAUACCGACCAUUCUUCCUCAAUUUUUAAUUUGUCAUCGCCCUCUCUAUAUAUAUAUUUCACGUUCUCUUUAAAAAACACACGCCCGUAACUCUCUCUCUCAUACGGUCUCUCUCUCUCUCUCUCUCUCUCGAUCAGACCGAGUUCGCUCACUUCCCAUCGCUAAUACAUGCAUAUGCACCCCCGCCUCCUAUUUUAUGGUCUGUGAUAAAAAAAAAAACCCUAACUCACCGAGUCCAAUCCUUCCACUAACUGUAUCUGAUCUCAACCACUCGAGUCGUCGACGCUGCGUCAAAAGCAAAUUACAGCUCAAUUAAUUAAAGCUUAUUUCAGAAGAGGGUGCUGCUGUUGAGAUGAAUUUGCAACAGGCUAUGCAUCCCAAAUCUUCUGCUAAUGGUUUUGGUCGUCGGAGAGCUGAAAGGGAUUGGGGGACGAGGUUUGAAAAUAAGGUGCAAUCUGGAAAACCACAUACCAAUAGAUCGGGUAAUGCUGGUGCGAUGGGAAAAGUUGGAGUUUAUGAGAGUCCUUCGCGAGAACGGCUCAUAUAUUUAACAACUUGUCUAAUUGGGCAUCCUGUGGAAGUCCAGCUGAAAAAUGGAUCUGUAUACUCUGGAACAUGUUACACAACAAAUGUUGAAAAGGAAUUUGCUAUAAUUUUGAAAAUGGCUCGCCUGAUAAAGGACAUUUCUUUCCGAGGCCAAAAGGCAGAAUUUGUCAGCAAGGCUCCAUCAAAGACUUUGAUUUUACCUGGAAAAGAAGUUGUGCAAGUUAUUGGAAAGGAUGUCUCUGUUACCGUAGAUGGGAUGUCCAAUGAGCCCCAACAUGCAAAGCAGCAAGAAAUUAUGAUUGACUCCCAUAUAUCACAACCACGACAAGUUGAAGCGGAGAGAGAGCUGGAACCUUGGAUCCCUGACAAAGAUGAUCCACAGUGCCCUGAAUCAGAGAACAUAUUUGAUGGCCAUUGGAAUAGGGGCUGGGAUCAAUUUGAAACAAAUGAAAUGCUGUUUGGAGUAAAAAGCACCUUUGACGAGGAACUUUAUACAACAAAGCUGGAGAGGGGUCCUCGGAUGAAAGAAUUGGAAAGGGAAGCUGUGAGGAUAGCAAGAGAGAUCGAGUGGGAGGAAACAAGCGACCUUCACUUAGCAGAGGAAAGAGGCAUCAAUCUUCAUGAAAGUUGUAAUAUCGAUGAGGAGACCCGAUACUCAUCAGUCUAUAGAGGUGGAGCCAUUGAUGAUGGUGGGUAUGAAGAACUUGAUGAUAUAGUGAUGAAUUCUCACAACAGUGAAACUUUUGGAGGGCCAUCUGCCUCUUCCAUUAAGAAGUUGGCUGAUUUGAGCCAUGCAAAAAGCAAUGAUGGGCCUCGAGUGUUAUCAAGCUCCUCCUUGGAUGAGGCACAAUGUUCUCAAUCAAGUACUUGUGCAGAUCUGCAUCAUCCAGGAUCUCAUGAUCUUGCUGCACAGCUGUCAUCAGAACCUUCUAAAAGUUUCUCCACUUCAGAUAGUGACAGCAGGGUCCAAGAGGAUCGGCAUCAUGAACAUGGAGAACUUGACAGCAUCAAGGAGCUUGUAGAAGAGCAGAUACUAACUCAGGAUGCUCAAUUGCCAAAAGGUGAAGAUUCCAAGUUACUGGAUGGCAAGAAAAAUGAAUCUGAUAAAGGGAGGCCAUCCUUGAAUACCACUGCUUAUGCCCCUUCAUCCAAUGUCUAUCCAAAAAAUAAUGAAAAGGCUAGCCCCCCUGGCCAACCGUUAGAGGAUGCAGCAUCUGUCAAAGGAUCUGGAGAAACGCAGCCUGUGAACCCUCGUGGACAACCUGGUAGUUCCACUUCAUCUAAUUCAGAUUGUGCAGGUGCCUUGCUAGCUUCUAGUGGUCCUGGUUUAUCACCAAGCUCAUCAAUGGGUUCAUUAUCUUCUGAGAAAUCAACAUUAAAUCCUUAUGCCAAGGAAUUUAAACUUAAUCCCAAUGCCAAGAGUUUCACCCCUUCUCAAAUGCCUCCUAGGCCCCCUUCCCCAAUGUCAGAUGGCCCCUUCUAUUUUCAACCUAAUGUUUCUAAUCUACCACAUAUGCAUGGCAUGCCUAUGGGAAUUCUUGGACCUUCAUUCAAUGGGCAACAGCCUGUUAUAUUUAAUCCACAGGCUGCACCAUUGCAAACUCCGCAAGCAUAUUUUCAUCCAGGUGGACCUCAGUUUGGGCAGCAGAUGCUUGUUGGCCACCCUAGGCAAGUCUUGUACAUGCCAACCUACCAGCCUAUCACUGGAGCGGGUACCAGUCACCUCAUGUAGAUUAUUUUGUUCUCCAUACAGGAAAUGCCAUAUAAAGGACGAGAGUUUUAAGAUUCUGUAUUUCUCGACACCCCCGGUUGGGGCGGAGGAAGUGGACUUGUGGGAUAUAAUCUUAUGACUUGUGUGCGUCGUUUACACUGACUGGACUUGUGUGCCUCCUUUACACUGAUUGGAUUCUUGUUUUUCUUGUACUUAUUUUCUUUUGAUAAAGUAGUUUUGGACAAAAUAAGGUGCAAAAUUUCCUUUAUUGUUUA